CUUGACGCAAGGUUCCGGCAGGUCGCAGGCCCCAUGCCCGGCCCCGCCCGCCGCCGCCGCCUCUUCCCCGCUGCCGGGCGGGCGCCAUGGCGGCUACUGCGGCGGCGGCGGCGGCAGCGGCAGCGGCGGCGGGUGGCUUGGGAGACUGCGCGAUGAAGCCGCUGCAGAGCGCCAUGAAGUUGGCCCACGGAGCCAUUGAACUAGACGCUGGCAACCAGCCCCUGGAGGCUUAUCUUGAGUACCUGAAGAGCAUCCACUACAUUUCCCAGGUGCUGCUGGAAGAAGCAGAGACUACAAAAGAGGGGGGAGACACUGUGACUCCAGACACUCCAAAGAUGCUAAAGCUGGCAGAGCAGUGUUUGGAGAGGGCCAAGUCAACAGCUGCCAAGCUGGGAACAACUCAAUUGAAACCAACCAUACCUGUGGCUGUUCCAGGCCACAACCCAGCCAGCCGACACCGCAGAGUAUAUUCAGAUGAAGGAGGAAAGUUGUGUCCCUUUUUGCCCCCUGAAGUCUUCCAGAAGCUGCAGGUGGUUGAGGCACAAAGUUCUAAGAAGGAACUGACUCCCCUGGAAGAAGCUUCAUUACAGAAUCAGAAGCUGAAAGCUUCUUAUGAGGCUCGGCUGGCACGGCUGAAUCCCAGCCAGGCAGUACAGAAGACAUCCCUGACUCUGUCCCUGCAGCGGCAAAUGAUGGAAAACUUGGUGAUUGCUAAAGCCCGAGAAGAGACACUGCAAAGAAAGAUGGAAGAGCGCAGGCUGCGGCUGCAGGAAGCUGCAAACAGGAGGUUCUGUAGCAGGGUGACCCUGACUCCAGAAGAGCAGGAGCAGCGGGCCCUCUAUGCUGCUAUCCUGGAGUAUGAGCAAGACCACGACUGGCCAAAACUCUGGAAAGCCAAACUGAAGAGAAACCCCAGUGACCUCUCCCUGGUGACAGGCCUGGUCUCCCACCUCCUCAGUUUCCCCGACCAUCCAGUCUCCCAACUCCUGAAGAAGUUACAGUGUGCUGUGUACAACAGGUUGUACCCCAUUAUCAGCAAGCAUGCUACCACUGACUCCAAGACCAGCUUGGGCUUCCCUUCCCUUUCCCUGGAUGCAGAUGGGCUUCUGGCUCCUGGCAGUCGGCGGCUUCGAGCCUCUCAAAGCCUUUACUGCAUGUUCACCCUCCCUGAGCCCAUCAGACUGAACCAGGAAAACUCACCAGCUGGCCUCCCCUCGACUUUGCCACAUCCUGGCCCCCUGGACAAAGAAAUGGAAGGCAGCCCAGCAGGCUCCCCUUCUCCCCUAGUGGAAGUCACUCCUAGUCUGCUGGACAAGGACAGCUCCUUCGAGGACCUGGAACAUCUCUUAGCAGCUCCAGACACCUGGGCCCGAGGUCCUGGAGGGCUCACAGGGUCACAGACCCCCGGCAAGAAGCCGGUGACAUUGCUGGAGCAGCUGAAGAGCAUUGUAAAGGAUGUGCACAACUCCAUUGACAGAUUGCUUUCUCUUACCCUCCUGGCAUUUGAGGGCUUAAACACAGCUGCUUCCAAGGAUCGAUGUCUGGCCUGCAUUGAGGAGCCCUUCUUCUCUCUCCUGUGGGCACCGCUGCUGGCUCUCUACAGGAUUGUCUAUCAUACCCGAGAAACAGCUCUCAAAAGGAGUAUGGAGCUCUGUGGAAACAUGCCUCCUUCUGCCCUGGGCAUCGCCUCCAAACUCUUUCCUCAGGAAGCAGGGCUCAAAGGAUCAGGUUCCUACCCUUACUGUACAGCAGUCCAAGAGCUGGGCCUGAUGGUUCUGGAGAGGUGCCCUCAGAAGAAGCUGGAGUGCAUUGUUCGAGCUCUCCGAAUAAUCUGUGAGUGUGCUGAGGAGUACUGUGGAGCCAAGGAGUCUCGUCUGCAACCCAGCACAAUGGCCAUUGGUGCUGAUGAUCUGUUACCCAUCCUGUCUUAUGUAGUGUUGAAGAGUAACCUCCCCCAGCUGGUGUCUGAAUGUGCAGCACUGGAGGAAUUCAUUCAUGAGGGGUAUCUGAUUGGAGAAGAAGGCUACUGUCUGACCUCCCUGCAGAGUGCCCUGAGCUAUGUGGAGUUGCUGCCACGUGGGGCUUUGGUGAAAUAGCAGGAGAGAAGGACAUGACACCCUGGUCUUGUUGGUCCUUGGAGGAGGAUAGAGCAGCCAUCCCGGGGAGAUCCUUAAAGACAAAGACCUACAGCCACCCGUCCUGUUCCUCCCACUCAUCCUCUUCCGAGAGAGCGUGGCCACUCCUGAAGUCAGAGCUCAGGGACCUCUCCUUCCAAGGCCCAGUUUGCCCAUGGCAGGCAUGGGCAGAGCUUCUUUUCCACACUGGCUGGACAACUUUGGUGGUUGGAACAUGGAUAAUUGGAAAGUGCUCUCCUAGCUUUAUUUCUCAUUAUCAGACUCUCCUGACCCCUGUGCACCAGAGGUGGUGGAAUUCUGGUGUGAAUCUUGAAAGUGGCUUUUCACCUCUACCUUGACAUCUGCUGUCCAGGGGGCUCAUGACAAGCUCCUCUCCAGGAUUAUGGGAAAACCUGCUCCCCAUGGCCAGCCAGGGACAUGGACAAGAUUGACUUCCAGAGCCCAGUUCUCCAGAGCCCUGGGCAACUGCUCUCCUUUCCAUGAGACUAGGGAUAGGGAAGGGGCUUUUGGUAAAAUCAGAAUAUUUCUGAACCCCCUGAGAUGAGCUCCUAGAUGCCCACUCUAGCUUCUGUGAAUGCAGCUGUAGGCAUUAAGUGAGGCAGCUAGAAAAUUCUUAUUGUCAAGCCCUGGGCUGUUCUAGUGGCUGGUUUGCUGGGUCACUGCUGUAACCCUUUCCCCUGUCAAGACUGUCUCAAAAGUUGGUGAGGGAACCACCCUUCCCACCCCCUUCCCCGCCUUUCUGGCUUGUCCUCUCAGAGUCCUAGUCUGGAGGCUCUCGAGACUGUCUCCUCUGAGUGGGGCAUUCCAUCGGUCCCAAAUCCUCUUCCUCUUGCCCUCCUGGGCUCCCAGCCACAAUGGCUUCCUCAGAGGUGUGUGUCCUCAGAGAGGGUAGAGCCAGGAGGACCCCUUAAGGAGAUGACUGGGAAAAGGGUUGCCCAGUGGGGGUUCACCUAAGAAAACUAAACAGAGAAAUUGAAUUGUCUCCCCACCCCUGAAUCAGCUAGAGGGAAGGCUCCACUCUGUCCCUGUCCCUGAGGGACCCUGAGCGCCACGGACACUCUUCUGUUAUCUGAUGAGAGUAUGAGAUAGUGGGCCUACCCCCCACCACUGGAGAAUGGGCUCCAAAGGCAAGUGGUGGAGCCAGAAUUGGCAGGGAGGCCAGAGUAUGCCUGCUACACACACAUUUCACCAGCAGCUACAGGCCUUGGGCACUCGGCUAGUUUGCCAAAUUGUGGUCUCCAAACAGACUCUGAAGGUGAUUUUUUCACCCCUACUCUAAGAGGAGAAUCCCAAGGACCUAGACUGGGAUCCCACCCCCUUCCCCCAGGAAGUCCCCACCCCAGCCUGAGCUGCUUUAGCAUGUGUGUUCAGAAAAGAACAAGUCCCAGAAUCAGAAUGUCCUGAGUGGGUGAGGGUGGCCCAGCAACGGUCAGUGAGCGUGAAGCCAACAGGAGCCAACAGUCGCUCGCCCUUAGCCUUGUCUCCUCUCCCUCUCUUCCACAGAGCCAGAAUGUGAAGGGAAAAGAAUUCUGUGGAAAUACCACGCUCUGGUCCUCAGAUUUGAGCACCACUGAUAAGGGAAAGUGGGAAUGGACCUCUGAAAGUAUUUCUGGGUUGUUAGAAUUAGGGAGCUGGGAUUUCCAGGCUGCACAAGAGAGAGCUACUACUGACCUUUUACACUAACUGAGGACUACUUUAUAUAAUCCCUGUAAAGGGGUUGGGGCCCUCCACUGGAGAUGAGGGCAUCUUGCUUAGAUUUCUCCUAAGAAGCCAAGGAACAAAGAAGAGUUUAGAAACGGCUCAGGCUAUAUCCUGGGUUUGGGUCUUUCCUCCCUUUGUGACUGGAUAUGUUACUACCACGGUAUCUUAGUUCUAUAUGGGGCCAGAAGAUCUUGGAGAUCCUCCUAGAAAGCGCCCAGAGUUUUUAGGCUAUUUUGAGAUAGGCACAAGUUGUAACUGUAUUUAUUUGUUCAUUCAGGAUACUUUGCUGUACAAUAGAGUUCAUCUGGUCUGCUUCUUGCAUAUCUGGAAGAACGUGGGAAUUAUCACUAUUGCUCCGUGUGUCAGGGAUGCUGAGGCCUCUCUUGGAGUUUGUGGUUUGGAUGGCCCUUCUUACCCCCCCCCCCUUUCCAGUUUGUCCGGUGUGAUGGAGGCAUCCCCCCCUCCCCCCCCCCCCCCCCCCCCCCCCGUAAAUGAAGGAGGAGCUCUCUGGAAUCUCCGGUUCUCAGAUGAGUCUCCGAGGGAGCUCCUGUGCUCACUGAUAGCUUAGUUCUUGCCCAUGGCAGUGGCUCAUCUGGCUCCGUCCUAACGGCUCUCUUCCUGGCCCAGAAACAGAGUCGUCCCUUGACUUGUUUUUAGUUCAUUCUUUGGUCAGUGUGAAUCCUUUGAAGGUCUGUGGGCAGUGGUGAACCCUCCACUUGCUCUCCUGCUUAUGUUUGUAAAGGGUUCUGAAGGCCCCAACAGGAAGGGUAUUUGCUUGCCAGACUCAGCCUCCACUUUUGCUGCAUCCGGACACUGAUAAUGUGUCAUAAAGACAGGCCUAAAGGCUGGGGAAAUAAAACAGGUUAUUCACCACUG